AUGUUGUUGAGGAACUUAGGAUUCCGCAAGUUCAAGGGAGAUCCGAACAUUGUGUUAGCAGAUGCAUGGAUAAAAGAAUUGGAGAAUAAUUUUGAAAUGACAAACUGCCCAGAGGAGUAUAGGAGAAGAGUUGCAGUCAAUUUCUUAGAACAAGAUGCUCGUGCAUGGUGGGAUACUGUGGUACCUCGUUAUCGUUUUCAAACUAUAACGUGGGAAAUGUUUAAGAGGGAGUUUGAGCUGAAAUAUUUUCCACCAGAGUCACGCGAUCGACUAGAGAAUCAGUUCCUGCAACUGGAACAAGGUGAGAUGACCGUACGAGCUUACGGAAGAGUCUUUACCAGACUUCGGAGGUAUUUGUACCAAGGAAAUGAUGAUGAGUUAGCCAUGGCCCGGAGAUUCUUUCAUGGACUCAGGCCAGACAUAAAGGGGAGGUUGCACGCUGUGACAUACCGCAGUGUCGCAGAAGUAGAGGAGAGGGCAGUGAGUGUUGAGGAAGCCAUUGAGACCGAGAAUGAGAUUUCGGCCAAGGAGAAAAAGAAGGAACCGGUCCAGCAGACUAAGAUUGUGAACACCCGAAAGGUGAAUCAAGUGGCAGGACGAAAUUAG